UGAAACGAAGCUCCUUAGCAACCAUGGAAAAACAAACGACUCUGAAGUUUUGCGGGCGCUACAUUUUUAUCGGAACAACGUCAGCUUUUUUCAACAGUUUUAUCUUUUCAGCUCGGCUGAGGGAGGAGCUGUGACAUGUCGAAAACCAAGAACGAGUUGAAAGCUGACGGCUUCACCGUCAAGGCCUUCAUGAAGAACUCCGUGGUUGGGGCGCCUCCAUCUACCGGGGUGUUUCAGAAGCGUCCGUCCAAACCCACCACCUUCCGGGUUUACUACGAGCGCAGGGAGCUCCCGAUCUCCGUGGACCACAACAACAGAGGCAAUGCCAUAGCGUGGAAGGUGGACAUCGAGAAACUGGACUACCAAUACUACCUGCCGCUGCUCUUCCACGGCCUUUGUGAGACUGUUUACCCGUACAAGUUCCUCGCCCGAGAGGGGAUCCGAGACAUGCUGAACCGGGGAGGGCCCAGGAUCCUCCCGGUCCUGCCCAAGCUCAUCAUCCCCAUCCGGAACGCCAUGAACACCAAAAACCAUGACGUGAUGUGCACCACCUUGAGAGUCAUACAGCAUCUGGUGAUGUCCGCAGAGGGGGUCGGUAUAGCGCUGGUGCCUUACUUAAAGCAGAUUCUGCCCGUUUUCAACCUCUUCAAGAACAAGAAGAGAAACCUCGGCGAUGCCAUCGAGAGCCGGAGGGAAAAAGAGAGCAUCGGUGACCUGAUUGAGGAGACUCUGCAGAUCCUGGAACACUACGGUGGCCCGGAGGCCUUUAAGCAGAUUAAAUCAAUGGUACCCACGUAUAGUCCCGUGUAAAGACUUGUCAGAGUGAGAGCUCUUGGAUUGUUGACUGUAUUUAUUUUGUUCCUUAAGAAGUUUGUUCCAAAGCUCUUGUUUUAAAUAUACCAGCUUGUCUGAAAAGUA